CUCUCUCACACACACACACACACAGACACACACACACUAAAACACACAUACACACUUUCUCCGCUGAGGCCAGCUCAGAGUCAGAGAGGAGGGACAGACUGCGUGCAGCUCUGCGGGGCCAGCUGUCGUUCGAUCAGAGCUGCGUCUUUCUCUCUCUCUCUCACUCUCUCUCCCCCGACUCUCCCUCCCACCCCCUCGGUUCUCCACUGGCCUCAUCCCCUCCAUGGGACUCCAGACCUGGCCACCGAGCAAACCAGCACUGUCCUCCAUGGCCUGCCUUGAUGUGGAGACCCCGUCCAUCUGCAGGGGUAAAUUCAAAUCAGUCCUCCAGCUCUGUCUGCAGCAGAGGAGAACCCGGGAGCAGCUUGUGGAGCAAGGCAUCAUGCCGCCUCUGAAAACACCUGCUGCCUUUCAUGAGCAGAUUCGCAGCCUGGAGAGAGCCAAGACUGGGAACUUCUUAAAGCACAAACUGUGCAGCAGGCCUGACCGAUCUGACCUGGUCCGUAUGCACAUCCUACAAGAGACGAAGGCUGAGGCCUCCCUGCACGCCACCCAGAUGAAGCUAAAGCGGGCCAGACUGACUGACGAUCUCAACGAGAAGAUCGCCCAGCGACCUGGACCCAUGGUGCUAGUGGAGAAGAAAAUCCUGCCUGCUGUGGACUCUGCAGCUGAAGAGGCCACCGAUGGUGAUAAGGCGAACCACUCUAAGGCAGCAGAUGUUUACAGCUUUGAUGAAGACAGCGCUGAUGCCUUAUCACCAGAGCAGCCUUUCAGCCAGGAAACUCCCGGCUCCACCUCGGCCUCGCUUAUAGAGUCCACUUCAUUCUCCUCUCAGUUAAAUUCUCCCACACAGCACUCCUCGUCACCUAACUCACAGCUCUCAUCAGAUUUGGUCAAUCCCAUCUCUGCCAGUGAACCACAAAGCAACGUGCAAGCAUCUACACCUCUGUCAGUCACCACUGUCGCUCCCAUUGUCACGCCAGGGCCAGUUCUCGUGAAGAGCCUGCCCAAGCUUCCUGGCGACAAAGGCCGCAGCAAAAAGAGCAAAGAGCCCAAGCCUUGGGUGAAAAAGCUGAAGUACCAUCAGUACAUACCACCGGACCAGAAGCAGGAGCUCAACGAGAUGCCGAUGGACUCUGCGUAUGCUCGCCUCCUGCAGCAGCAGCAGCAGUUCCUGCAGCUCCAGAUCUUAAGCCAGCAGCAGCAGCAGUACAACUACCUGUCUGUGCUGCCCGCCACAGUAAAGCCAGCAACUGAGGUACAAACCAGCUGUUCCAGUGGAAACGUCGCAUCUGCCCCCGUCCCGCCGCGCCACUCUCACACCAGCCGCAAGCAGCGUCAUUUACCCGGCAAUCUGGAUGAGAUGAAGGUCGCUGAGCUGAAAAUGGAACUGAAGCGCAGGUCUCUGCCUGUCUCUGGCACUAAGACAGAUCUGAUCGAGAGGCUCAAGUUGUAUCAGGAGACAUCUAACAUUCAGAAUGCUGCUGCUGCCAUGGAAACGGUGGCCUCACAGCCUGAACACACAAAGUUAACUCCACCUGUGUCCCCCAUAUCUUCCAAGGUGUCCAGUCUGGGCAUAGAGGACAGUAGUAUGGCAGACAGUCCAGCAAAAUCCUCAGAUGCUCAGUCAAGAACUUGCUCAGCUCCCUGCAUGAGAGCUCCACAGGAGGAGUUACCCACGCAUGGGAAGCACUCAGUCAAGGACUCUGAAAAGGACAAACGUCUGUACGAGAAGGAGCGUCAGAUUGAAGAGCUGAUGAGGAAGCUGGAGCAGGAGCAGAGGCUGGUGGAGGAACUGAAGAUGCAGCUGGAGGUGGAGAAGAGGAGUCAGCACGGAGAUUCUCCACCUCAGCUCUGUCCUCUCACUCCAGUCCGGGUCAAAGAGGAAAACGGUUCUCCCGUAAACUGCUCCGCGUCCUGCAGCUCUCCUGGCCUGCCGGUGGCGGUGAAGCAGGAGGAGGCUGCAGCUCAGUGCCACUUCGCUCCUCCAAACCAAUUCAUCAUCAGCCAUCAGACCAUCAAGCAGCCUGAAACCCUGCAGUCCGUCCAGGCCGAAGCACAGAUCCUCCUGCCUGCUUCCCUCCCCAGCUCAGCAGUCGCUCUCCAGAUCCCUGCCAACUGCAUCAAAUUACACACUACUGUUAGCAGCCCGGCCCCAGGCAUCAUCCAGGCCUCUGGACAGGUGCCACUGAAAACAGAGGCCUCAGCAGCUUUACAGCAGCAACGCAGCGCUCACACUCCGCCACUGACAAAGACGUGGACAAUGGAUCCCGCAGCACAGAGCUUACUCAGCACAUUCCCAGCGAGUAGUAGUUGUCCUGCAGGAGCCGAGAAUAAGUCUCCCAGCCACAACCAGCCGACGGUGAUGUUGCACCAGCCGACGUUCACGCACCACGUGUCAAAGUGUAAAGACCCGCCUCGCUACGAAGACGCGGUCAAGCAGACGCGCAGCAUGCUGACGGCUGUUCAGAGUCCCAGUGCAGCGAGUCAGCAGAUGGACGAUCUGUUUGAUGUGUUGAUUGAGAGCGGUGAAAUCUCCCCUUUCGUCAAACAGGAUCCUCCCACCCUGGACAAACCUCUGCCUGUCACUGCCAGUGUAACCGUCCUUCCCGUCAACACGGUCCUGUCCCGCCCUCCUCCCAUGGUCCAGGUGGCCCAGCAUCCUGCCGUGCCCCUUAAACUGCCACACUGCUCACCAGCGCUGAGCCCCGACACCCGGCUGGACGCCCUCCUGGUCUGCACGGUGGGCGCAGACGCUGACCCACAAACUCUGAAGCUGAUGGACGACUUGCACUCACCGGCGAUCGCCGCCAUGGAUGUGGACUUUAGUGGCGGCGCGGCGCCCUCUGCUUUGACCUUGCACAGUGCCAGCAUGGACAACAUGGACUGGCUGGACCUGACGCUGUCUGUGCCAGCAGAGGGCGCCCUUCACCCGCUGGACAUGUCCACGCCUGUGGGCGUCUUCUCUGCCGACUUCCUGGACUCUCAUGAGCUGUGUUGAUGGAGAACGAGGUAAAUCUACGUAAACGGUGCAUACAGCAGAGAGUCAUCAGUACGAGGCAUACUACUCAACAUAAUACUCCUAUGUAAUCCAUAUACAGCAUAUUAUUUGUAUUCAAAACAGUUCAUUUACUCUUACUACUUAAGAGAAAGGGGAUUCAUCUAAAAAAGUAGAUGACGUACAGUGGUUAAAAAUCAGUUAUGUGACAUCACACUAGUGCCAUACACAAGAAAGAAACCCCUGUGCUCUGCAGCCGGGGUCCAGACACUUUUCUACCGACACAUACUUUGUGUUCAUGAGUUCAGCUCCAUAUGAAUCCAUGAAAGAUGAAGGAAAUUUAAUUUCAACAUCUGCUCCUGAACUCGUGAAGGUGAAUUCCUACACCUGUAAAGGACGCUUCAGAAAUAUUUAAAUGGAAGAAAGUGUUUGUUUCCAGCUGCCGGAGAAUUGUCUCAUCAUGUAGAUAAUUUCUUAGAAGGCGUCGCAUCGCUGCUUUUGACGUCAUUGGGCCUUCCGAUUAUCUGACAGCAGCUUUCCUAGUUUCUUCUUUCUUUUUUUUUACUUUCUUCUCAUGUUUGUACACUAUUCAGGGUUCCCACAGGUCCUUGAAAUCCUUGAAAAUUGCCCUAAAUAUAACAUGGGUGAUUGAAGGUGCUUGAAUUUUGUUAAGUUAAUUCAAGUUGAUAUUUAGGUAAAUGUCUCCCUUGUUUUGUUACGAUGCCACCUACUGUUUCAUGCGACCUGCGUUGCUUGGUGUAUGCAGACGAGGCCUACGCAGGACAAACGUGGAGUUAUAAUUACUAGCAGGUGUUGUGGACACUGUCCACUGUCUCUCUCUGUCUCUCUCUUCGCCGUUGACGUGAGAUUCCACGCAGAACAAUGACGACGUGAUGCCUGGAAAAUGAGGACACAAAAUGCAAAAGAAGUGACUUUGAACCAAGAUCCCGAGGACAAUCACUUGUUCAGAUGCAGAGUGUGCUGCAAAUCAAUAAAAGCAGACAAAGCCACCAUGGACAAAGCGACUCUUACAAGUACUCACAUCUUGAGCUUUUUCAGCACAUUCAGUCCUUGAAUUUGAGGGAAUUGGUCCUGGAAACACUCCACACACUCUCGUUUGUCUCUAUCUGUGUCCCUGUGAUGGACUAGCAAUCUGUCCAGGGUGUGAAACCCGCCUUUCCCCCUAUGUCAGCUGAGAUUGGCAGCUCAUGUGGAGGCUAAAGCGGUAGAAGAUGGAUGGAUGGUCCUGGAAAGCCCUUGAAUUUGAGGGAACCCUGACUGUUGUAUUGAUUUUGUUAAAAGCAGAAACACGACCACUGUCAAAGCUUUUUGUAAACAAGCACAGCCAAAUGUCUUCGUCAAUCUCCUCCAUAUUAUGAGUAAUAUCGCUGAUAUGGUGAUUUCUACACCCGUGUAUAAUAUAUUAUCAGACUUAUACGCUUUACAACAGGAUCGUUCUCAUCCUCACACAAACUCCUGCAGGUUUAAACGUCGACAUCUGAUUUGGUACAAACCUUUAAAAGGUUGAUAACUGACGUUAUCAUCAUGUGUUGUAUUGUAGUGACACCUGCUGGCCACUGUGAUGCUCCACACAUAGGUAGUGUUGUUCUGCCGAAUUAUGAAAAACGUCAAACUCUCUGUCUCCACACAAACAAACACAAACUCUGACUUCAAAUGUCAUGGAUCAUGGAUCAUGUGGCUGGACUCAGUCGUGGUUUUUUUUUUUACAUCAACAGCAAAAACACAGGUUUUUUUUAUGGCACAUGUUUACACUUACGCUGUGUAGUUGUUUUUAUCUUUUAUUCAAAUGUGUUUCCUUUUUUUUUGUAAAUACAAAGAAUAUUUGGGAUAUUUCACCCUGCAGCAUCUCCUUCGUCCUUUAGUGCCGGCCAUUAAAAAGCUUUUUCCGAGAGAAGGUUUUCAUUUUUUAUUUCUUUGUAACUCACCACAUUCAAGCACUUUUAACUAGAAUUUCAACAUUAUAUACAUUUAUAUAUAGUCUACAAGAGUAUAGAAGUCAACGUCACACUGUCCUGUCUGACUGAAAUACAAAUGUCCGUGAGUUUCAGUCGUCCCGUUUUCCCCCUCAGAGCUUUUUAACGGUACCGAUUGAAGUGCGACACUUUGGGCAUUUGUGUGUGAUGGACUUGAACGUGUCGAAGCAGAAGGGAAUGAGGCAACAACCGGCCACGCACCUGCAGGACAGAACCAACAGCAACAAGGU